CACUGCACUCUAGUCUGGGCAACAGAAGGAACUGCAACAAAAAAGAACUGCAGAGGCCAUCACUUUGCUAAUGUUUUUCUUAUUCCCACAAAAUUUUUGUGUGAGAAAAAUUAAUGGGGAGUCAAAAGGGUUCUAGUUAGAUAAUCCACAUAGGUUUCGCAUCUCCGUGUUAGAGAUGUAUUUGGACUUUGUGCCAAACACUCUGAUUUUUAAAUAGUGGCAGAAUCUUAGGAUACUAAAGAAAAUGUUAGAAUCCUUAAAUAUUAACUCUAGGAAGCAAUUUAGGAAAUCGCUAUUAACCUUCUUUGCUUUAAAAAUGAAGAAAACUGAAAAAAAGAUGUGAAGUAACUUCCCUCAUAUUGCAAUUAAUUUAUAGCAAACCCGGGAGCAGAUAUGUAUGAAUAAAAUGAUGGUUCCAUUUCAGAGGCUUGAGGAGCCUUCCAUUGAAAAUCACAAAAUGAGCAAUUGCAUUCACCUCUUCUCCCUUCCAUUUUCCUAUUGAGAUGACAGAAAAUAUUUUUGACAUAAUAAAUUUAUAUAGGUACUGGAAAAUAUGAAAUACUGAAAUCAGUGAAAAAGAACUUUAGAAGAAUUUCUGGAAAACAGCAAGAAGAUGAGAUUUGAUUGGCAGAAGAAUACAGGGGAAACCACAGUCCAAGGUACCAGCUCCUGGUACACUUUAUCCCAUGAGAGUCCAGAGAGACGCACAGCUUAACAAAGACUACAGGCAAGGUGGGCUGGGGGCCUUUGUAUGUGCACAUUUCUAAAACUAAGUAGAGAUAAUGAGAGAAUAUAGGUGGAGGAAGAAUUUUUAAGAAGCUGUAAUUAGAAUCCAUACAGUGAUUAGAAAAAGACAUUUCAACUACAAAAUGAAACAAGCUGUAGGUGAAUGAGUCAAAAGAAAAUGAAUUCCUAGAAAUUAUAAAUAUGAUUAAGGAAAAAUUCAUUGAAUAGGACUGAAUAGUAUGAAUGACAGAUAACUCUGACAACCAAGCUGGUGAUCUGAAUUUAAGAUUAAGGAACUCUCCCAGAAAGGUAAAACAAAAGACAUUAUUCAUUAUAUGAAUAAUGACCAAAGAAAAAGAUAAGAGGAGGCCACAUUAGGAAGACCAUCAUCUAAUCAGAAUUUCAGGAUCAGGGAACAGUGUAUGGGAAGAAGUAAUAAUACUAAAAAAUACCAGUAAUAACAGAAGAAAAAUUUUCUUGCACUUUGGAGAAACACAGAUCUUCAGGCUGAGAAUACCUUAAUAAGUAUUAAGGUAGACAGAAGAAAAUGCACAGCAAGACAUAAUCUAAUGAAAUUUCAGGGACCCUUUUCACAAGAUGGUGCCGAAAGCGAAGAAGGAAGCUCCUGCCCCUCCUAAAGCCGAAGGCAAAGCGAAGGCUUUAAAGGCCAAGAAGGCAGUGUUGAAAGGUGUCCACAGCCACAAAAAAAAGAAGAUCCGCACGUCACCCACCUUCCGGCGGCCCAAGACACUGCGACUCCGGAGGCAGCCCAAAUAUCCUCGGGAGAGCACCCCCAGGAGAAACAAACUGGACCACUAUGCUAUCAUCAAGUUUCCACUGACCACUGAGUCUGCCAUGAAGAAGAUAGAAGACAACAACACACUUGUGUUCAUUGUGGAUGUUAAAGCCAACAAGCACCAGAUCAAACGGGCUGUGAAGAAGCUCUAUGACAUUGAUGUGGCCAAGGUCAACACCCUGAUUCAGCCUGAUGGAGAGAAGAAGGCAUAUGUUCGACUGGCUCCUGAUUACAAUGCUUUGGAUGUUGCCAACAAAAUUGGGAUCAUCUAA